AUGGCGAACCGAGGAUACGACGUCGUAGUCGACGUGGACGCAGAGGGCGACCUCGGACACACCGACCUGCAAGAGGACCUCGAAUUCCACCCUUCCAACUUCGAAAGCGACCAAAGAACCGCCAAAGCCCAAGGCGACCACGCCCCGUUCCUGGGCGGCGGCAGCUCAUCCCGCGGCCGGGACCGGUCCCCUGGCGGCACGCCAACCAAGCACAGCUGGUGGUCGAUGCACUACUACGAGCAAUUCUUCGACGUCGACACGAACGAAGUCUUCCGGCGCUGCGUGGCAGCCCUGUACCCGCGCACCAAUUUCCUGGAUGUUCUGGAAGGCAACGCAGACCUAUACGGGCCGAUCUGGAUCGCGACUACGGUGGUCGUGAUUCUAUUCUUGACCGGCACGAUCUCGCAAUGGCUGUCGAACAAUGACGACAAGCAUUUCGAGUAUGACUUUACCUUGUUGUCUGGUGCUGCCGGGUUGAUCUAUGGAUACACUGGUAUUCUGCCUAUUGCGCUGUGGGGAGCGCUGCGUUGGUUUGGAAGCUCGACGGCUGAUCUUAUUGAGUGCUGGGCUCUGUAUGGGUAUUCCAAUCUGGUUUGGAUUGGUGUUGCGCUUGUUAGCUGGAGUCCGUUGACGGCGCUUAACUGGGCGCUUGUUGGGGUUGGAUUUGCUUGGACGGUGUUUUUCUUGCUGAGGAAUCUUUAUCCUGUGCUGAAUGCUACGGAUGCGAAAGCUAGCAAGAUUCUUCUGAUCUUGGUUGUUGUUUUGCAUGCUGGUUUGGCUAUUGCUAUCAAGGUGCUUUUCUUUGCGCACGGAAGCCCUGUUUCCAAGAACAAGGAGCCAGCCGCUGAUGACAAGACUGACGCCAAGCGGGGGAUGAUGUUCAGGGCAUAA